AUCAUCAAUGAACUCUCAAGAAAUCCAAGAACCAAAUUCUACACAAACCCAAAGUGUUGAAAUAUCAAUACAAAACCUAAUCAAAAGUUGGAGCAAAAGGCAAAGAUGGAAUUUCUUUAUCAUGAAUAAUCCUUCACAACAACCAACAAAGCAACAAUGGAGAACAAAUUUAAUCAAGUUUUUAGAAUCCAUACAACUUAGAAUAUUUACAAUUAUGUUACUCAUAAUUGAUCUUGUUUUCACAAGUCUUGAACUCUCCUCUUCUUUGAUCUCUUGCCCGCGAAAUCGCAACGCGAAAAAUCAAGAAAUGAAAGAGAUUUGGUAUCAUUGGGCAGGUAUAGGGAUCCUGGGAUUGCUAUUUCUGAAGAGUAUAGGCCUUGUUAUAGGUCUAGGAAGUGCGUUUUUUAGGAGGCCAGGGUACUUGCUAGAUAGCAUCGUAGUUAUGGUGGCAUUAUUUCUCGAAGUUUAUUUGGAAAAAAAGGAAGGAGGAUUACUUCUUGUUGUUAGCCUAUGGAGAGUUGUUAGAGUUGUUGAAAGUGCUUUUGAGUUAAGUGAUGAAGCAAUUGAAGCACAAAUUGAAGAUAUUGUUUGCCAAUUUGAUGAAUUGAAAGAGGAAAAUAGAAGAUUGAUGGAUAGUGUUGUUGAGAAAAAUAGGGAAAUUGAAAUACUUCAAGAAGAGUUGGAUCAUUACAAAAAAUCAACUAAUUACUAGAGCUCAUACAAUUAAAAAAAAAUCGUGGUGUUCAGGUCAGCUUUUCAGCACCUCGACUAAAUUCACGAGUUACCUGUCACUUCCUGCUAGUAACAGACACUAGCUAAAUCUGUCCAUCCAGGCUAAGACAGAUGAGAGAAUCGCCUAUUAAUUUUUCUUUAUCUUUGCCAGAAUUUCUAAAAAAUUAUCUUGUUCUUAGACACUAUUUUUAUAAUUAAUUUCUCUAAAUAAUCUUUAUGAUUUUGUUGUU